GCGGGCGCUGGAAAGCGAGGCCGGUGGGCGGGCGAGUCGGGAGGCUCGGGCGGCUGAGGUCCCGGAGCGGAACCCAGGUGGCGGGAGCUGCCCCUCACUGUGCUUCUGAGAUGUGGAUGCGCAUGUGGCUGGCAGUCUCUGUCCCAAGCAAGAUGAGACCUGCAGUGCAAGCUUCGCCAAGGCCACACCCAAAGCACUGAGGCUGUCUAGCAGCGGUGCUACACAAUGCAGCAGGGGAAAGGAAGCACCCGGACCAGGUGGAAGGGGCCCUCGGGCUGCAACGGUCACAGCCAGAGAUGGCCCGGCUGGACGAGCAUGCAGGGACACCAGAGAGCAGAGGGCCAACCCCAACAUCUUGAUGUAAACUGGGACACGUCCACCCUGCCGAAGAAGCUCAGGAAACCAGAGCUGGAACCAAGCAUGGCACCCCACUGCCCCUUGGCACAGCCCCCAGCAACACCCCCAGCAGCCUCAGUGACCCCAGCAAGCGUGUCUGAGUGGAGCACCGCAUUUCAGCGCAGGGACGCUUCACAGGGGGCUUCCAAGCCUGUCAACGACUCCGACUCCACAGGCCUGCAGACAAGGUCUAACAACCCAGCGCUGCCAUUGGCCAUCCACAGCCUGCCGCCCAGGCCCCGCUCAGCGCUCCCCACUGUUCUGUCCGAGGAACCUGUGCAGAUGGCUUCAGGUUCUCUGGGCCCCAGCGGGCCUGCUCCUCAUGCACAGGUGUCCACGCCUCCGCAGGCUCAUCCUCUUCCCUUGCAGAGCAUGCCUGGCCCCACCAAGCUCCACGCUGACUCCUAGCCAGGCCCUCAAAACUCCCAGGUGUC